AUGUUGGUGUCAUAUCUCGGGGGUCCCAAGGGUACCCUCCCGAGUCAGCGCCCCAAAAUAAUCUGGAAAACGGCGCUGAGCUCCCGCUCGAAGCAGCUCCGGGCUGGGCGCAAGGACUGGCUGGGCGCGCGGUGGGCGCUCACCUCCGCCCCCCGCACUCCGGCCACGCCCACCCCGCCCAGGGUCCGCAGCACCGGGGAAGCGCCUGGGACUGCGGGUAAUGGGCGGGAGGGCCGGGCCACGGAAAGCGUUCUCACACCGGCCAGUCUCCGUCCACCAGGAAGCCGACUUUUCGUACCUCCCCGGGGACCGAAAACCGCCGGUGCUCCCGCACCCGUCGCCGCCGCCGCUUGCUCAUGGAGAGUCCGUGCCGCCGCCGCCUCAUCUACUAGAACCUCCGGCAGUCUCGGCCUCCCCCGGCGUGAGCGCUGGGCCCCGGCACAGCCUCCAUCGCACUCGCCGCGGCGGCAGCCACAGCAGCUCCAGCGCCCAGGCCCGAUCCGACCGGACCCACGGAGCCAGGACCGCGGGACGCGUAGCUUCUUAUUACGGAGGAAGAUUCGGCCUGACCUCCGCCCCCCUCCCCCCAGCCCCCAGUCCCCAGUCCCCAGUCCCCAGUGCCCAGUCCCCAGCAGCCUGACGGUGCUGCUGCGCAGGCGCGAAGACGCCCCUGCCAAAAGUGCGUGUGCUGGGUGUAUAUAUAGCUUUUGUAUUUGCCCAAUGGACACCAGGAUCAGGUGCAUGGGGCGGGACCUCGCAGAGAGGGGCGGUGUUCCAGUGUUAGAAAGUGGGUGGGGCAGCCGGAAGUGGGUAGAGUUUGCACGGAGGCGGAACUUUGUUGGCAAACCUGCUUGGCUUCUUGAGGCUUGUAUCGUCUCAGGACUUGACUUGAUUUUGGUUUGCUUCUACGUCUCGUCUUUUCAAAUUCUUAACUCAGAAGAGGAAAGCUUUGUUUUCUCCAAAACAGACCCAAUAAUGACGGUUGUCACCAUUUCUGGAGAAUAUCAGGGAGAUGGCUCCUUAAACUGUGCUGAAGCUCAGCUAGGCAGAGGAAGCAUGAAUUCCUGGCAUACUUGGAUAAUUCACAAAAUUCACUGAGACUUUUAACCAAGAUUUCCAUUCUGCAUCCUUUCUGCUCCUUUCAAAAUCUGAUGGCUGAACUGAAGGUAUUUUUAGCUUAAUUGAGAUAUAAUUGACAUAAUAUAUGGAGCAUAUUUAAAGAGUAUAAAUUGAUAAGUUUUUAUAUAUGUAUACCCCCUUGAAAACAUCACUAUAUUCAAGUGAAUAAAUCCAUCAUCCUCAAGUUUCCUCACGCGCCUUUGUAAUUUCUUUCUCUUAUCCCUCCAUGCCUCCCACACCUAAGCAGCCACUAUUUUACUUUUUGUCAUUAUAGAUUCAUUUGUCUUUUCUAAAGUUUUACAUAAAUAGAAUCAGACAGUAUGUAUUACA